CAAGUCAGUCCUUUGUUCCCAACUUUUUCUCUUUUUUUCGUUCCAGCGAUCCCCCCGUCGCUCAAUACACAGACUCAGCAAUGUCGCUUGCCUUCGACGAGUACGGGCGACCGUUCAUCAUCCUGCGCGAGCAGGACACACGCCAGCGAAUGACCGGCUCGGACGCCAUCAAGCAGCACAUUCUGGCCGCCAAGGCGAUCGCUCACACCCUCAAGACCUCCCUCGGACCAAAGGGCCUGGACAAGAUGAUGGUGUCGCCCGAUGGCGCAGUCACAAUCACAAACGACGGUGCGACCAUUCUGUCACAGAUGGACGUGCAGCACCCGAUUGCCAAGCUGCUGGUCGAGCUGUCGCAGUCGCAAGACAGCGAGAUUGGCGACGGCACGACUGGCGUUGUUGUGUUGGCCGGCUCGCUGCUCGAGCAGGCCGAGCACCUGAUUGACCGCGGCAUCCACCCCAUCCGCAUUGCGGACGGUUUUGAGAUGGCUUGCGCCGUGGCAGUCAAGCAGCUCGAGGCUGUCAGCGACAUCAUCCCCGUCGGCAAGGACGAGAAGGAGUCGCUUGUGCAGACCGCCAUGACCACGCUCGGCUCGAAGAUUAUCAACAAGUGCCACCGACAGAUGGCCGAGAUUGCCGUCGAUGCCGUCCUGGCCGUCGCCGACCUCGAGACCCGCGACGUCAACUUUGAGCUCAUCAAGAUGGAGGGCAAGGUUGGCGGCCAGCUCCAAGACACCCAGCUCGUGCGCGGUGUCGUCAUUGACAAGGACUUUAGCCACCCCCAAAUGCCCAAGGAGUUGCGCGACGCCAAGAUUGCCAUCCUCACCUGCCCGUUCGAGCCGCCAAAGCCCAAGACCAAGCACAAACUCGACAUUGCCUCCGUCGAGGACUACAAGUCCCUCCAGUCGUACGAGCACAAGAUCUUUGUUGAAAUGAUCGAGCGCGUCAAGCAAUCCGGCGCCAACUUUGUUGUGUGCCAAUGGGGCUUUGACGACGAGGCCAACCACCUCUUGUUGCAGAACAGCCUCCCCGCCGUCCGCUGGGUCGGUGGCCCCGAGAUUGAGCUGGUCGCCAUCGCCACAAACGGCCGCAUUGUCCCGCGCUUUGAGGAGCUGUCGCCCGAGAAGCUCGGCCACGCCGGCGUCGUCCGCGAGAUUUCCUUUGGCACCACCAAGGACCGCAUGCUCUUCAUUGAGGACUGCAAGAACACUCGCGCAGUCACGGUCUUUGUUCGCGGCGGCAACCAAAUGAUCAUCGAGGAGGCCAAGCGCUCGCUCCACGACGCCAUCUGCGUCGUCCGCAACCUCGUCAAAGACAACCGUGUCGUCUAUGGCGGCGGUGCUCCCGAGAUCACCUGCUCCCUCGCCGUCUACGAGGCUGCCGACAAGGUCGCCACGCUCGAGCAAUACGCCAUGCGUGCCUUCGGUGAUGCCCUUGAGGCCACCCCGAUCGCCCUCGCCGAGAACUCUGGUCUGCCCCCGAUCGAGACGCUCGCCGCCGUCAAGUCCCGCCAGGUCAAGGAGAAGAACCCCCGCCUCGGCAUUGACUGCAACAUGACUGGCAACGCUGACAUGCGCGACCAGCACGUCGUCGAGACCCUCGUUGGCAAGAAGCAGCAAUUCCAGCUCGCCACCCAACUCGUCAAGAUGAUUCUCAAGAUUGACGACAUUGUCACCCCCGGCGGCGCCCAGUAAACAACAGUACAACAGUGUUGUUUUUGCUGUCGCUGUUUCUUGCUCGCUCCCUCUUUUUUGGUGUGUUUCCUUCUUUUUUUUUGCGUGAGUUGUAUUGCUUUUGUAUACCAAACAAGUUUCACACUCCUAGA